AAAUGGAGGUUGGCCCUACAGUACUCUGUACUGUAUGUGAUUGCAUUUGACUUGCUGGCCACGUAAACCACACAAGUGAACCGUAUGCAACAUUUGAACUUCAUCAUUAUAUAGUACUCGAGUUUACAGGUCUACUUGUGUUUUUCCAGCUGAAUGCAAUGAUCAGACAGUUUCUUCGCCCGCUGCUUUCGGUUCGUCCGCUUCGCUGCAUGGUGGAUGAACGCUUCGACGUGCGCGUGCAGGGUCUACAGCCUGGGGUUCGAGUCACCCUGCACGCGCUGCUUCGCUCAGAGGACGGAGACUUUUGGGAAGCUUUUGGUCACUAUGUAAGCGAUGAGACAGGACAUAUCAAAGUAUCUAAAGAUCCCAGUCUUGGUGGAUCAUAUGACGGAGUUGAACCCAUGGGUCUCCUGUGGAGUAUGAAACCUAUUCCUGGAAGCAGGACAGGCCUCAGAUUGAGGAAGAAGGAUGUCCAGGCACCAACUAAUGUACACAUAUCUGUGUACAAAGACCAUCUUACCCAGGCCUUCCAGGAGAAACCUCAUGUGGCAUCAGUUGUGGCACAGCAGUGGUACAUGGCCCCUGGAGUGCAGAGAGUUGAUGUUACACAGAAAGGAUUAAUGGGGACUCUUUUUAUCCCACCAGGUCCUGGUCCUUUUCCUGCUGUGCUGGACCUCUGGGGUGGAGGGGGAGGUCUAGUGGAAUAUCGCUCUUCUCUACUAGCAUCCAGAGGCUACAUCUCAUUAUCUUUAGAGUAUUGUGCCCCAUUGGAUAACAGUGGAAAGCUACGGCAUUUGGGGAUAGACUAUUUUGAGACUGCCAUCACUAUGCUGAGAGAGCAUCCCCAGGUGUGCCCUGAUAGAGUUGCCAUUUUGGGUUUGUCAUAUGGUGCUUUUUUGACCAUAUACAUGACAGCAUAUUCUUCAGUGAUAAAGCCCAGAUGUAUAGUCUGUAUUAGUGGAAGUCAUGUUUUACUUGUCAGUGGACCCCUGGUUGAUUUUCCAGGAAUGAUCUCAAACAUGACCAAGAAAUCCUACUACGAUAAGUACCAGAGACAAAUUUGGCGAGAUUCUCUACUACCAAUACCAGAUGACCUUUCGAAAAAAAUUGAAUUGAAUCGUAUCGAAUGUCCUAUUUUAUUAAUUGUUGGGGAGGAUGAUCAAAAUUGUCCAGCAUCAGAGUCAGCAGAUGAUAUGAAGCUGAUGAUGGAGCAAGAUGGUAAUAGUCAUCUGCUGACCGUUUUAUCCUACCCUGGAGCCGGCCACCUAAUCGAGCCUCCUUAUACUCCACAUUGCCAAGCCAGCAACUUCAUGUUAGCAGGAACAAGGACGAAAGAGAUGGUGCUGUGGGGAGGACAGACGGAAACUCACAGUCGAGCUCAGGAAGAUGCCUGGCACAAAAUCCUGGCCUUUUUGGAGCAACAGCUCUACAGCAACACACACGAUUAAAGCCACAUUUAUUUACAGCAUGUAGCUCAGCGAACAUGAAAAGCAAGAAUCUUUUUUUUUUUAGAAUUCUUAUUAAUUAUCUUGUGAUUUAUAUUGACUGUUAAAGAACAAAAAUCUGAUUGUAAAUCGGUGGUUCAGAUUUCUAUUAGAAAUAUAAGACAACAUGUGAAUUACAACAUGUGAGAGAUGGAUCACCAUGGCUGUAUCCGUCCCUAAGACUAGUGACCACUACUACCUUGGGACCAUGACCCCAUGCUGGUAGAAUAUACAGUGAGGAAAAUAAGUAUUUGAACACCCUGCUA